CUCGCCACCAUGUCGCCAUUUUGAUUCAAAAAAUAUGACUGAGUUUUUCCUGCUUUACAUGCUAAAGUUAGCUCUGCGAUUGAAUUACUCUUUGCGUUAGUACGCAUCUACAAGUUGCACAUUUGUGACAUCGAGGAAGCGCCGUCAAUGCCCAGUAGUCGGUGUUGGCGGAGAAAUGUUUAUUUGCUACAAGUCAAGUGCUACAUUUGACUAACGUUAGCUAAGUUAAGCUAGUUGAGCCCUUCUUCAAAACAAAUCACAGGCUAACGGUGGUUAGCUUGCUAAUAGUUAGCCGGACAGCUAGUGACUGACAAGCUGGCUGCUUGACGAAAACUCCACCAGCAGUCAAGUAACGGGGAAAAAAAAGGAUUAUCGGCGGACUUUGAAUCGAUGGUUAUGGUGAGCCUCUUAGCAUCUCAUCUCCUAAAGAGGCCUGCAUUUUAAGAGGAGACCCAUGCUGAUAAAUGCCAGGCCUCGCCACACACUCUGUCUUCUGCACAAACACAAAUGCCUGCCUUCCCGUGGGGGAGGUCUGAUUAAAUAUAUCUACAUUUCAUCCACUGGGCUGUGUCCCCCAUCCCAGCGGCCACCAUGUUCUGGAAGUUCGACCUGCACACCACCUCCCACAUUGACCAGCUUUUGGACAGGGAGGACGUGAUGCUGAGAGAAUUAAUGGAAGAGGAUGAUGUCCUACAGGAGUGCAAGGCCCAAAACCGUCGAUUACUCCUCUUCCUGGCACAAGACCACUGCAUGCGAGAGCUAGUCAGCCUCAUCACCACAGAGCCUCCUGCUGACUUAGAGGAGAGGAGCCGCUUUAAGUUUCCUAAUAUUGCUUGUGAGCUCCUGACGUCAGACGUUCCCAUUAUAAAUGAUAAGCUGGGCGGGGAAGAGAGCCUCCUUGAGAUGCUUUACCACUUCCUCGAGCAGGACCCGCCCCUCAACCCGCUACUGGCCAGUUUCUUCAGCAAAACCAUUGGCAAUCUCAUUGCCAGGAAAACAGAACAGGUGAUUUCCUUCUUAAAGAAAAAAGAAGGCUUCAUUGGUCUGGUGCUGAAACACAUAGAUGCUUCUGCCAUGAUGGAUCUGCUGCUUCGACUCAUCAGUUGUGUCGAGCCUGCUCCCUUGAGGCAGGAGGUCCUCCAUUGGUUGAAUGAGGAGAAUUUGGUACGGAGACUCACAGAGCUCAUCCAUACUGGUAAAGAUGAAGAGAGACAAUCAAAUGCGUCCCAAACCCUCUGUGAUAUCAUCCGCCUUAGUCGGGACCAGGCCAAUCAGAUGCAAGAGAAUGUGGAGGCUGACCCACUACUGGCUGUGCUGGAGUCGCAGGAGAACAUAGCAGGACUCCUGAAGAACAUGUUUGAAGGGGAGAGAAGUGAGGCCUCCAUUGUUAACGGAACUCAAGUGCUACUUACCUUACUGGAGACCAGGAGGUCUGGGUUGGAAGGGCUGAUGGAUCUGUAUUCUCAGGGUUAUGAAAGGUCUUACACUGUCAACAGCAGUAUUUUAAAUGCCAUUGAGCCCCAUUUAAAAGACUUCCAGCAGCUUCUCCUGGAUCCCCCCAAGAAAAGUGCAAUAUUGACGACCGUUGGCAUUCUAGAGGAACCACUCGGGAACGCCCGCCUUCACGUGGCCCGACUGGUGGCCGCCCUGCUGCAGACAUGUGCCCCCAGUGUCUGUCAGGAGCUCUGUAAACUUUGCACCAUGGACCUACUACUGGAUCUGUUCUUCAAAUACACCUGGAAUAACUUUUUGCACUUCCAAGUGGAGCUGUGUGUGUCGGCUAUCCUGAACCACCCUACCACAGACGAGCGGCCCAACACAGGUCUCCAGAAUCACGACGAAAAGUCAGGAGCAACUUUGGAGGCUCAGGCAGAGACUGUGGAGACGGGCAGGACCAAUGACCCACAGACCUCUACCCAUAAUGCCCUUGUGGCACAUCUUUUCCAGAAUUGUCGAUUGGUGCAGAGGAUUCUUGAUGCCUGGGAGGAGAAUGAUAAGAUACAGGCUGUGGGUGGCACCAGGAGAGGCAACAUGGGCCAUCUGACCAGGAUUGCCAACAUGGUGGUUCAGAACCUGGAGAAAGGACCAGUCCAGGCCCAGAUCUCUGACCUCAUUAAAGAGCUGCCAGAAGACUGCAGAGGUCGCUGGGAGAGUUUUGUUGACGAGACCCUGAGAGAAACCAACAGGAGGAACACAGUCGAGCUGGUGAGCACACACAACAUGCACUCCUCCAGCGAGGAUGACGACAUGGAGAGCCCCUUCCCCAAUGACCUGUCUCUGCAGCAGGCUUUCUCAGACUAUCAGAUCCAACAGAUGACGGCCAACUUUGUGGAUCAGUUUGGGUUUAAUGACGAGGAGUUCAGCGAGCACGACGAAAAUAUCAACGCCACGUUUGACAGAAUUGCUGAAAUUAACUUCAAUCUCGAUGCAGAUGAUAAUAGUGCCAACGCAGCCGCGUUUGAAGCUUGCUGUAAGGAGAGAAUACGCCAGUUCGAUGAUGCUGAAGAGGAAGAGGACAUUUGGGAGGACAAGGAGAUAAACUAUGCAACACAAGCUAAAUCCAGAAUGCGGUUUGGGGUUUCUCAGACCUCAGGGGGAAGCUCCAGGAGUAGUAUAGAAAAUGGAGGCCAGGAGCGGGACCACGGGUCUGAGUCAGACGAGGAUGAGAACUCUGAGCAGAACACCUCGGACACAGGUCAGGGCUGGACAGUGAAUUUCAGGGAUUCUGGAGAGAGUACAGCAUCCCAGACCCCAGCAGGGUGGGAGACCUCAGCAGGGGCCAGAGCAGAAAGCCAGGAGACGGGGUGGGCCAACUUCACAGAGUUCCAGCCUUUCUGCGGUACAGAUACUGAACCCAGGUGCAGCUCUCCUGUGGCUUCUGGCAGCAGAGACGCAGAUAAACAAGCCAAACAGGAUCCAGAGAAGAGCGAUGUCAGUGCCUCCUCUGCUGCUCCAGCUGGCGAUGGGACGAAGGCUCCCGUCACCGCUGCAGACAGCAGCUCCUCCGGCGGGUCCGACAGCGAGGAGGAUGACAAAAACGCCGGCACGUCUCCUGCUGUAGCUCCCGCCUCGGAAACUGCAGGCGCCGCCCAGAGCAGCAAGACGGCCGACCUCAAGAGUGAGGAGAUUUCAGCAUCGCUGGAGAAACUCUCUCUGUCAGACAAAGUCUCUCAGCAGCCGCCCGCCACGAGGUAGUCAGCGCACAAACGUCCACAGAGAGGAAACCCCGCCGCCGUCACACGAAGUGUCUGUCAACGGGCCGGUGUGAGUGCUGUGCAGACAGCGCAGCGGCCCGGCGACCUCGCCCAGAGCGACUCUCCAAAUGCAACCUAGCUGCAGCUCCGGUGUUUUUCCUGACUCGCUCUGCCAUGUUAUUGGACCUGGACACUGCCAAUCAGCACCAACAACGAGGCGGCAGGACGCGUCGAAAACAAACAAACAACCUGACGGACCGCAGAGGAAUCAUCUUCAAAGCCUUUUUUUUUUCCUGAUGUUGCACAUAAUCACGUGCGGUUUUAAUGUAGCAGCGAUAUUUGAAAUGACAGAAUCCAAGAGGUGGCAUCAUCAUCAUUUUUAUUUUUUUAAAGCGUCCUUUCAGACCUCCUGCUUGUUACGGCUGUCGGACUUUGAGGGAUUUCUCAUUGAUACCCCUGAACAGAUAGCACAGGCCAACUUUUUAAACACACACACACACAAUUUAAUGCCUCUCUGUUUUUCCCCUCUCAAUUGGGGGGGGUGUCCUCCAGGCUUCAGAAAAAAAGCACUUAUGCAGCUGUUUACUGUACGUGAUAGCACAACGUCCGUGUUGCAUCUUCAUCUCUGUCCUCACGUUUAACUGAACAUCUCUGCGCCAUACGUCACCAUGAUCCUGAAUGUCCACGAGGAAGAAACGGAGCUUGAAUAGUAUUACCGUCUCUGCUCAUGUGCAAUAAUGUCACUUAGCCCUUUUAUUUAAAGAUUUGUUCCCCCCUUUAAAAAAACAAAACAUCAGAGAACAAGACUACUCAUUCGAUUUAGUUUUGGGCAAACUUUUUUUUUUUGUGCAUGUACAAGCGGCUCUCUGUUGACCUAGCUCGUGAGCUAAGACCUUCUGAUUGUAAUUAAAUUCUUACUGCUCCCCCCCCAAUCAACCAAACAUUAUCUACCUAUAUACAAAUAUCUACAUUUAAAAGUAAUUUUACAAGCAAUCCUGAGAUUACUGUUGUCUGAUUUAUUAUUUUCCCUACCUACCUCCUGCCCCCUCUGAGCACUUACAGGGUGAGAGCGCCUGUAUUUCCGUUUUUAAGUUUAAUUCUAUUUCUUCUCUGAGCAGCAGGAUUGGACAGAGGGCGGAGCUUUGGUUCCCUUUGGUGUACAUUGGUCAUUUGACAGGGAUCGGGUUCUGCCAUUAUCAUUUUAAUUUCAAAUUAAAAGCGUCUGGUUGAUCACGUCAACACCAAAAGGUUUGCCACUAGUUCUGUUUUUUUUGUUUGGCCAUAUCCACACAUUAUAUAUAUAUACAUACACACACACACGAUUUGUGUGUGUACACAGAUGGAUAAGCAGUGUGCAGUAGCUCUGAGAGCAAAUAACCAAAGUGCAGCAGAGGUACAUCAGCACUUGUGUGCCCCAAAAGUGAUGGGAGGCCAUUUUUAUAACCCCACAUCAGAAAAAAAUUGACAUGGAAAAUGUAAAUACAACAAAAAUAAAUCGAUUUACUUCGAUUUCAUUGCAGACAGUACGAACCCAAGAUAUUUGUUUUGUGUGGCCAAAUUAAUUUCCUGUGUCAGUAUAUGUCCACCUAUCCCCAAUUUGUCUCAAGAAAACAGGUUGUAAAAGUGAUUUAAUACUUAAAUAUUUUCAAUAAAUUGCCCCCUCCCAUUAUAUAUAUAUUUCAUACUGUCUGCAAUGCAAUAUACAUUUACAUUUUUUGGGGGGAUUUUCCAUAUAUCAGCUUUUUCCGGUUUGGGGUUGUAGGUGCUGUUUACUAGAUUUGUGUAAUUAAAAUAAAACUUUUGCUCACCCACAGUGGUCAGAGGUUGGAAAGUUGUGUCUACAGUCUGACAAAUUAAAUUUACUGAUUUAAAAAAUAAAAAUCACCCGAUGCUUUUAGAAAUAAUUGAAUUACACUUAUGUACAUAUUUUGUUUUAGUUUUGUUUUUUAAAAAGAAUAUCUCCUUUUACUUGGAGGUAAAUAACUUAAUUUUAUUGUUGGUAUAUUUUGAGUUUCACCUCUUGAAAGUUUCAAACACUGUUUGCUAUGCAGCAGUGCCUCCCACUGGCCGGAAGUGCAGUCUGUGUCAAAGAACAAUUAAAUUUUUUUAAAAGCACAUAUGUUAUUAAUUUCAUCUACAUAUUACAGCAAAAAAAAAAAAAAAAAAAAAAAACCCAAAAAAACAGUCCCAGAAACCCUGGUGAAAUAAUUCAAAGCAAGAGUUAACAUUUAAACCCACAGUGUUUAUUUUGAGUCUAAAAACUAUAUUGACAUGAUUGACACGACCCGGCUCAGAAAGUAAUUCUAAUAGAAAAUAAAAAUAAAUAAAAAAAAACAUUUUAUUGUGUUACUGUAGCUGUUGAUACAUUAACUAGACUGAAGAGAUGAGCUGGCUUCUUGCCAUGUGAAUGUCGACUGCAGUCAGUUUUCCAAGUUGGGUUCUGAUGCACGUGGUUCAAACCUACCAAAAUUUAGAAACUAACAUCUCCAAGUCUUGGAAAUUUUGAACUAAAUAUUUUGAAAUGCUGUAAUACUACAGCAACAUCUAGUGAAUGAAAUAAUGCAUAGCUUCACCCCGCAGACUGUGUUCCUGCAAACUCUGCCUCCACCAGUAAACUGAUUCACAAGUGCGACACGUUUCGGACCGAGGUGGAACAAUUCUUGUGCUUUGCCCACACAACCCGAGUUCUAAAAUUUGUUUCUGUGUAAUUUAUUAAGACCAAAUCUAAACUGAUUAACUGCAAAAACAAGCGCUGGCAGUCACCAGAACUCAGUGCAAGAAAGACUCGAACGUAACUAAUCGACAUCCAAACAGUCACACCGCUGUAAGAGAGUGAAACAGUGAAAACACUUUCCACUCUGCAUUUGGACUGGAAUUAAGGAUAACUGUGUGU